CUUGGUGGUUUUUGACCAUGAACGAUGUAGAAUCAGCAACAUUCAAAGUCCAAGCUAACAAAUAACACAGUGUGUCUCUCCUGCUGGGCUGCAGUUGUCUUUACUCUUCACCAAUUCUCUCUCACUCUUUGCAGAAAUGGACACAGCUGGCAAGGUCAUCAAAUGCAAGGCAGCAGUGGCCUGGGAGCCCAACAAGCCUCCGGUGAUUGAAGAGAUAGAGGUAGCCCCACCCCAGGCCGACGAGGUCCGCAUCAAGAUUGUGACAACCGGGUCGUGCCAUUCAGACCUUUACCACCUGUUUGAGGGCAUGCAUAAGGAUGGCUUCCCAGUCAUCCUUGGACAUGAGGUCACUGGCAUCGUUGGGCCUGGAGUGACUGAAUUCCAGACAGUAACUAACUCAGGAGACAAGGUGAUUCCUUUGUCCAUAUCCCAGUGUAGAGAAUGUCGCUUCUGUAAGAGUCCCAAGACCAACCAGUGUGUAAAAGGAUGGUGGCUGUGGCUAAGAUCGACCCUGCUGCCCCUCGGGAGAUUGUCUGGCUCCUUGGAUGUGGAGUCUGCACAGGAUUUGGAGCAGCAGUUAAUACUGCUAAGGUGGAACCCGGCUCCACGUGUGCUGUGUUUGGCCUGGGAGCUGUGGGAUUGGCCAAAGUGUUUGGAGCGACUGACUACGUGAAUCCCAACGAUCAAGAUAAACCUAUCAGCCAAGUUCUCGCUGAGAUGACUGAUGGAGGAGUGGACUUCUCUCUGGAAUGUGUUGGGAAUGUGGGAGUCAUGCGAAGUGCUUUGGAGUCUUGUGUAAAAGGCUUGGGUGUCAGUGUGCUGGUUGGCUGGACAGACUUGUGAGACGUUGCUGUCCAACCCAUUCAGCUUAUCUCUGCAUGCACUUGGAAGGGUACUCUUUUUGGAGACUUCCUGCAACUGGUGGUGAGUAAAGAAGAGGUUCCCCCUGAGCAGCAGCAUUGGAGCCCUCUGGCGGACCAGGAGGACCCAGAGCCCCUCCACAUUAAAGAGGAACAGGAGGAACCUUGGACCAAUAUGGAGGGAGCGCAGCUUCAACAACCGGAGGAGGCUGAUAUCAAGGUCACAUUGACUCCAUUCGCUUUGAAGAGUGAAGAAGAUGAAGAGAAACCUCAGUCGUCACAGCUUCAUCAGAGUCAGAAUGAGGAGAAUGGUGGAAGACCAGAACCAGCCAGGAACUCAGGUCCUGAUGAAUAUUUACAACCAGCUUCUGAAGACAACACUGAAGAAUCUUCGGAGACUGAAGACAGUGAGGAUGAUUGGAUGGAGACCAGGGAGCCUCAGUCUGGUUUGAAUAUAAGAACCAACAAACAGCCUUUAAGGCAUAUGAGAUGUAAAACUGAUACGAAACUCCAUGUAGACUUCCUCCAACUGGUGGUGAAUAAAGAAGAGGUUCCCCCUGAGCAGCAGCAGUGGAGCCCUCUGGCGGACCAGGAGGACCCUGAGCCCCUCCACAUUAAAGAGGAACAGGAGGAACCUUGGACCAAUACGGAGGGAGAGCAGCUUAAACAACCGGGGGAGGCUGAUAUCAAGGUCACAUUGACUCCAUUCGCUUUGAAGAGUGAAGAAGACGAAGAGAAACCUCAGUCGUCACAGCUUCAUCAAAGUCAGAAUGAGAAGAAUGGUGGAAGACCAGAACCAGCCAGGAACUCAGGUCCUGAUGAAUAUUUACAUCCAGCUUCUGAAGACAACACUGAAGACUCUUCUGAGACUGAAGACAGUGAGGAUGAUUGGAUGGAGACCAGGGAGCUUCAGUCUGGUUUGAAUAUAAGAACCAACAAACACCCUUUAAGGAAUGUGAGAUGUAAAACUAAUAAGAACUCCAUGCAGACUCUCUGGAAUUGGUGGUGAGUAAAGAAGAGGUUCCCCCUCAGCAGCAGCAGUGGAGCCCUCUGGCGGACCAGGAGGACCCAGAGCCCCUCCACAUUAAAGAGGAGCAGGAGGAACCUUGGACCAAUAUGGAGGGAGAGCAGCUUCAACAACUGAAGGAGGCUGAUAUCAAGGUCACAUUGACUCCUUUCGCUGUGAAGAAUGAAGAAGACGAAGAGAAACCUCAGUCGUCACAGCUUCAUCAGAGUCAGAAUGAGAAGAAUGGUGGAAGACCAGAACCAGCCAGGAACUCAGGUCCUGAUGAAUAUUUACAUCUAGCUUCUGAAGACAACACUGAAGACUCUUCUGAGACUGAAGACAGUGAGGAUGAUUGGAUGGAGACCAGGGAGCUUCAGUCUGGUUUGAAUAUAAGAACCAACAAACACCCUUUAAGGAAUGUGAGAUGUAAAACUGAUAAGAAACUCCAUGCAGACUUCCUGGAAUUGGUGGUGAAUAAAGAAGAGGUUCCCCCUGAGCAGCAGCAGUGGAGCCCUCUGGCGGACCAGGAGGACCCAGAGCCCCUCCACAUUAAAGAGGAGCAGGAGGAACCUUGGACCAAUAUGGAGGGAGAGCAGCUUCAACAACUGAAGGAGGCUGAUAUCAAGGUCACAUUGACUCUUUUCGCUGUGAAGAGUGAAGAAGACGAAGAGAAACCUCAGUCGUCACAGCUUCAUCAGAGUCAGAAUGAGGAGAACAGAGCGGACGGUGGAAGACCAGAACAAGCCAGGAUCUCAGGUCCUGAUGAAUAUUUACAACCAGGUUCUGAGGACAACACUGAAGACUCUUCUGAGACUGAAGACAGUGAGGAUGAUUGGAUGGAGACCAGGGAGCCUCAGUCUGGUUUGAAUAUAAGAACUAACAAACAGCCUUUAAGGGAUUUGAGAUGUAAACCUGUUAGGAAACCAUUUAGUUGCUCUGAGUGUGGUACACGAUUUAGACAAAAGUCUGCUUUAACGAAACACAUGAUGACUCAUACAGGAGAGAGACCAUUUAGUUGCUCUGAGUGUGGUUCAAGAUUUAGACAGAAGUCUGCUUUAACGAAACAUAUGAUGACUCAUACAGGAGAGAAACUAUUUUGUUGCUCUGAGUGUGGUACAAGAUUCAGCCGAAAGUCUGUUUUAACAAAACAUAUGAUGACUCAUACAGGAGAGAAACCAUUAAGUUGCUCUGAGUGUGGUAAAAUAUUUAGAAAAAAGAACCAUGUGGAUUUACAUAUGAUGACUCAUACAGGAGAGAAACCAUUUUGUUGCUCUGAGUGUGGUACAAGAUUUAGCCAAAAGUCUGGUUUAACGAAACAUAGGAUGACUCAUACAGGAGAGAAACCAUUUAGUUGCUCUGAGUGCGGUUAAAGAUUUAUAGCAAAGAACCAUAUGGAUGUACAUAUGAUGACUCAUACAGGAGAGAAACCAUUUAGUUGCUCUGAGUGUGGUACAAGAUUUAGAGGAAAGAACCAUAUGAAGAAGAAUCAGAAUCAUAAAACACGGGACGAGAUGUUAAAACUGUCCAUUGUGCCAAUAGAUGGUAUGCUCUCACAUGAUUUGCCGUGAUGUUGACAGAGUGGCAUGGGAGGUGUAUUUCUUAAACUGGGUUAAGAUGUCAAUUUUGGGACACAUCCUCAGUAGUGUGCCUUUGAAUCAGUGGGUGUUUCGGCCUUAAAUCACUAAACACUCUCAUCAAAGGUGGCCAGCUAAAGGGUGAUCAAGCCUUAGCUUGUGUCCCAUGCCCAAUUAAGAUUUCCCACAGGACUAUGCAAGGCAGGGGCGUCCUCUUCCCUGAGCCAGCCUUACAGCUGACCGCAUACCUCAUAUUCCCUCCUCAAGUUGGAGGGAUCUGAAUUAAGUUCUCAGGUGGGGAUGGGGGGUCAUGAAGUUAUAGCCCAGCCAGGGUCCUUCUGUUUGAUCCAGAUCCACUGGCUGCCUCUUUCAGCUGCUUGAGAAACUGCUCUGACGGUCUGUCGCAGAGCCUGUCCAUGGAUUCCAAUUUCUUUCAGCAACUUGAUGGUGGAAGAAGCCACGAAUCCUCUGCAUCCCACUUCAACUGGCCAGACUUUUGCAUUCCAGCCACGCUGAGUUGCGUCUGCUGCCAACUCUGUGUAACGCAGUUUCUUACGCUCGUAGGCCUCUUCAACAGAGUUUCCCACGGGACUGUGAGCUCUAUGAUGUACACAGCCUUUCGUGAAGGAGACCAGAGUACCAUGUCUGGCCUAAGGUUGGUAGAAGCAAUCUCAGGUGGAAAAAUUAGUUGCUGGCCAAUAUCGACAAGCAUCUUCCAGUCCCUGGCCAUGGCUAGGUGUCCAGUUUCUGGCUUCGUAGGAGGAUGCUUGGGCCUUUUCUGUCCCUCCCGAAUGAAUGUUGUUGUUUUGACAGGAUUGCUUGUUUUUGGAGGUAAUGAAUUGGUUGCACUCCUCUUGGUCUCAAGUGCUGCAGCCAGGCUCUUGAGGACCUGAUUGUGCCUCCAGGUGUAGCGGCCCUGUGAGAGGCUGGUCUUGCAACCUGUCAUUAUAUGCCUGAGAGUCGCUGGAGCUGGGCAGAGGGGGCAGGUCGGGUCCUCGCCAUACCAUUGAUGCAGUGUUAAUUUCGUUGA